GAAUUUUGGCAUUGGUUUUAAAGCGCCGUGUUGUGUCGAAGCGAUUGAGGUUGGUUUUUUUUUUGCAGGGGAGAAAAAUAUUAAUUUGAAUCGAUAAGUUCCUAGCAGUGCGAUUCUGGUAAUUGGCGUACAGUGGUUUGCCUUUAGAACCGGAAGUGGAAGCAGCGCCAAAGAGAAACAAAACGAAUCUUCCAUUAGAAAGAAAAUGACUUCUAGUGCCCCUGAGCAAGUGAUUGAUUUGGUGGGCGAAGAAAAUCAGGACGACGAUGUUAUCGUCAUAGAGGACAGCCCCAAGAACAGUUUUUCCGAGGACAGCGCCUCGAUGGAAGUGAUCAAUCCGGAGGACGGUUCUUCGCCCGAAGUCCAGGAGAUGGACCAAAAACCAUUCCCUGGGGACGAUAUAAUUCCGGUCGAUAUGGACAUCGAGGCCACCAAUCCCAUCAGCAACCAAACCCUCGCUGAGGAGAAAAAGAAUGCAGGAAACGAUCUGUACAAGAUCAAACGGUACGAUGCGGCCCUGGCCUUGUACACCGAUGCCAUUAAUCUGUGUCCGGAUACCCCGGCGUAUUACGGAAACCGAGCGGCCACCUACAUGAUGCUGGGCGACUACAAAGCAGCCUUGAGGGAUGCCAAACAGGCGGUUCAGAUAGAUGCCAAAUUCGAGAAGGGGUACAUGCGAAUCGCCAAGUGCAGCUUACUGAUGGGUGAUUUGAUUGGAACUGAUCAGGCAAUCAAGAAAUUCCUAGAACUAGACCCUUCCAGCCAGAUGCUUAAGCAGGAAAUCAUUAGUCUGAAUCAGCUGCGUGAACUGAACGAAAAAACAAUCACCUGUUACGACAAACAGGAUUACCGUACGUGUGUGUUUCACUGCGACAACGCCAUCAAGAUAGCACCCGCAUGCGUUAACUACAAACUGCUGAAGGCCGAAUGUCUCGCCUAUCUGGGACGGUACGAAGAAUCCGGAGAAAUUGCCAUUAGUAUUAUGCAAUCCAAUUCAACAAACGCAGAUGCCAUUUACGUUCGUGGGUUGACGUUAUAUUACAGCGAUAAUUUGGAAAAGGGCUUGCUGCACUUCGAAAGAGCCCUUCAACUGGACCCAGAUCACAAGAAAGCUAAAGCGAUGCGCAUCAAGGCUAAACAACUGAAGGAGCGAAAGGAAAAGGGCAACGAGAUGUUUAAGACCGGAAAAUACAAGGAAGCACUGACUAUCUAUUCAGAAGCACUAGAACUAGACCCAAUGAACAAAGAUAUUAACAGCAAACUCUACUACAAUCGUGCAUUGGUAAAUGCUAAAUUAGGAAAUCUGCGAGAUGCAAUCUCAGAUUGCACGAGUGCGAUAAACCUAAAUGAGAAAUACAUGAAACCAUUACUUCAGAGAGCUAAAUGCUACUACAGCUUAGAAAACUUCGAAGAAUGUGUUAAAGAUUACGAGAAGGCUCUGACUAUGGAAAAAACUAUGGAAAUAAAAAAUUUACUCAAAGACGCCAAGCUGCAGUUGAAAAAGUCGAAACGGAAGGAUUACUACAAGAUUUUGGGCAUCUCGAAACAAGCUUCAGAAGACGAAAUCAAGAAAGCUUACCGCAAACGAGCUUUGGUACAUCACCCAGAUCGUCAUGCUAACUCUUCAGACGAAGAAAAGAAAGAACAGGAGCGCAAAUUCAAAGAACUCGGAGAGGCCUACGCGAUUUUGUCUGAUCCGAUGAAAAAGUCACGCUAUGAUAACGGUUACGAUAUUGAGGAUCUCGAUCAUUCAGCUGACAUCGAUCCGCAGCAAAUGUUCCGACAGUUCUUCCAGUUCCCUGGACAGGGAUCGUCAUUCGGCGGAUUCGGAGGCGGUGGCAGCAACUUUACAUUCCAGUUCGGCUAAACGCCCGGAGUCCAUUGCAUGGAGUAACAUCAUCAUUUUUUAGUACAGCAGAAACCAUAGUCGAUUGUAUAAAGAUUUAUUUUUAGUAACUACGAGUUCUGAUGAUUAUGACGAGACGAGGUGCGAGCUGGCAAAUUUUGUAGCGCAACCCUGUUUUCAGAUUGGUGCAGGGGAACAUGUUUGUUUGAAGCGAGUGGAAGGUAGAGGCACGUUUGUAUUUUUUUAUUUAAUCAAACUGUUUUCUAACCACCAGCUGAUGAAAUGUAGUGUUGUUCAAUAAAUUAACUUUAAAAUCAACUCAAAUGGAAAGAAACUGUAUGAGAUAACAUAUAAAACGUUGAACGUAGAUAUGUCCUCUAACUUACAUUUGGCAUUGCUGCUCCUAAAAAGUUUUUCAUAAAUAAAGAAACAUAAAAUAUAAAGUAAAAAUGAAUGUAGAAAAAUCAUAUUUUAUUCAAAAAAUGAAACUUAAACAAAUGUGCAUCUCUUGUCAUUACUUAAAUGAAACAUCUCAAAAAUAAAGUAUGAUAAUAACUGCAACAUAGAAA